CCGACGACGAGCAAGCAUACGAUGUCGGCGUCCGAGAUGGAAGAGACGCUCGCCAAGAUCAGGCCUCACACUGCGUCGUCGCUGCCACAUCAGAAGACCCCCGCGACGUUGCUCCGCGCGCUCGAGGCCACCCUCGAUGAGCAGCAUACCGAGCGAUCGCCGACCGCAUACUUUGCGUCGCUACUCUCCACGCUCGACGGUACGCUGCACAAGGACCAAGGCUCCGGACUCCAGAAUCAACUCGGGGAGGGAGACGUCCUCCCCGCCGAGCUUUACCUGCUCGCUCUCGUCGCCCCCUUCGUCCCCGCACCCGUUAUCCGCACUCAUCUGCAGACCCUUAACAACCUCAUUGUACCGUUAUGGCCUGCCCUGUACGCCCAUGCGCCUGCCCUGCGCUCGCAGCUGUCCCUCUUCGGAGCCGUACUCAAGGUGCUCGACCGCACCCAGCUUGAGCUUCCUGCAGUCCGACAGUCGUUCUCGAGCAUUCUGCAACUAUGUGUCGACGGGCGACCGAAGGUGCGCAGAAAGGCGGCAGAGAUAGUGAGGGACCUGUUGAACGCGCCGCCGCCGCCGAUGGCGAGGCACCCUUAUGCCGAUCGCGUUGCCGAGUGGUCAAAGAGCAUCCUCGAAGCUGCCAAUGCGAGCCCCUUAGCGAAAUCAAAAGGCAAGAAGGAGGAAGGCGAUAGCUCAGAGGUUGCGAUACAUCUCCUCGCUUUCCUCAAGCCUGUCCUCCCGAAAUUACCUCCUGCAGCACUCCCACCCAUCUCCGCCUCCCUCCUUACCCUCCCUCGCCUAGGAAACCCCUUCCUCUCGCAGUCUGCCUACACCAUUCUCACCGACCUCCUCAUCUCACCCUCGGAAGAAGACGAGGGCACCAUCGCCCCCCAGCUCCCCAACAUCCUCAAGGUUAUCCUCUCUUCUGCCCCGCAAAAAAAUGAUACCACCCUCGCCCCCGCAUGGCUGCUCGUUGUCGGUAAUGCCGCGCUAGCGUACCAUCGAGCGGAUGAGGAGGCAUCCACCGCCCAACUGGGCAAGGUUUGGAAGACGGUCUGGGGGUACCUGGAAUCGACCGACUCGAGCAUACGCAAGGCGGCUGCUGAGUCACUAGAACUCCUUGCGCAGUGCUUCUCUCCCGCUCUCGUACAGCGCGCCGUUGCCGAAGUCUCGUCGAAGGGAUCCACCUCAGAGGGCCAUAACCCUCUGAACAAGAUCAUCACCCAAGCCAGCGCCGCACUCGACUCGCUCGCCUUCGCCCGCUCAAUGCCGGAGGUGCUUUCGGCCAUUUCAUCUAUCAUCUCCAACCUGCAACUUCGGUCGUCGGGGUCGCAGGCCACGGCAGCGGAGGUCCUUACCUCCGGACUGAUCGAGAAAGUCGGCCACUUGAGAGUGCAGAAGUCUUUCGAGCACAAGGAGGCUGCGGACGGUGUCUUGAGCGUCGCUGUGCAAGUGCUCGGUCCCGAAGUGCUUCUCCGCAUCCUCCCGCUCAACCUCGAACCCACAGACCGGGCUGCGAAGCGCGAACCUCGCGCUUUCAUCCUCCCCCUCCUCCCGCACCCCCACCCAUCCCCUCUCACCCACUUCCUCGCCUACUUUGUCCCCCUCUCCGAACGCAUGUUCGAUUACCAGCAACAAGCAGAGGAGGGCGAGCGAGCGAGCGAAGCCAAGGUCUGGAGCGUGCUCGUCAGCCAGAUAUGGGCUGGACUUGUCGGAUACUGUUACGGCGGCGGCGAUAUCGGCAAGGCGCUCACCCCCGAGUUCUCCCAGCUCCUUUCCCAGCUUCUCUACGGCCAGGAAGAGCUUCGACCUGCGGUAUUGAAGGCGCUUAAGACUCUGGUUGAGUCCAACGCCGCGCUCGCAUCCGACGAUGAACAGAAGCUAUCUCGAUACCAGGCGGCCUUCGUAUCGACCUCCCGCGAGCAAGCGCAGGCUAACGUCGCUUUCCUCCGCGCGCAGGUGGAGAGCUGGCUCGCGGUGCUGUUCAACGUGUUCAGUGCCGUGGAUCGGGGUGCCCGCGGAAUAGUCGGCGAUGUGAUUACCGCGUGGCUCGGCAUCGCCGACGCGACCGAGAUCAACAAAGCUUACAACAAGAUCGUCGCGCUCUUCCAGCAGAACCUCGCCCAGGCCGGCGCUCCGUCGCAGCAAGGCGAGAACAGUGUCGCCGCGACAACACUCGACCUCCUCGCGCUCCUUACCCCGUUCCUUUCCCAGACCGACGCGGCAGCACUCUUCCAGAUGUGCCUGUCUCCGCAAGUACUCGCGUCCAAGGACGUUGGCGUACAGAAGCGCGGCUACAAGAUCCUUGCCAGGCUGGCCGAGAGCGGGAAGGUGCCGAUGAAUGCCGAAGCUGUCGUGAAGGAGCUGGAGGCCCGGGCAGACGCGCUCCAUGCGGCAGCGAAACGGGACCGAUUUGCGCUUCUCGCUGCUGUGAUUCCAGCCAUACCCUCUACAUCGCUCCACUUGCUGCCGUCGCUCAUACCGGAGGCCAUCCUGGGGACCAAAGAACCUGCGGAGAAGGCACGGAACGCCGCGUUCGACUUGCUUGUCAUCAUGGGGCAUAAGAUGAGUGAGGGUGGCGUCGUGAAACGCGGCAAUGUCGAUGGCAUGGAGGAGGAUGGCGUGGCGGAUGAGGCGCCUGCAAGCAUCGAGGAGUACAUGACCAUGAUUGCGGGUGGGCUGGCGGGUGCAACACCGCACAUGAUCAGUGCAACAGUCACCGCCAUUUCCCGAAUAGUCUUCGAAUUCAAAGACGCCAUCCCGGACAGCAUGCAUAUUGAGAUCUUCUCCACCCUCCUCGUCUUCCUAUCCUCCGCCAAUCGGGAGAUCGUCAAAUCUACCCUGGGCUACAUCAAACUCGCCAUUCACACCCUUCCCGCUGAGCUCCUCCGCCCACAGCUGCCGCAACUCGUGCCCGCGCUCCUCGGAUGGGUUCACGAUCACAAGAACCACUUCAAGCAGAAGGUUCGGCACAUCUUCGAGCGAAUGCUACGACGGUUCGGUUUUGAGGACGUAUACAGCUGCGCGGGCGAGGAUGAGGCGCGAAAGGUGCUGGUGAACAUCAAGAAGAGGAAGGACCGGGCGAAGCGAAAGCGGGUGGCGACCGCAGACGAUGAUGACGACGAUGCGCCCUCGCGCAAGGUAGCAACCGGUGAUGCGUUCGAGGAUGUCCUGUACGGUAGCGAGAGCGAGGCGGACGACAGCGACGACGGCGAGGACGCGCCUGCCCAAGGUCGAGAUCGUGCGGGGAAGAGAAAGGGCGCUCAAGCAGGUCCGCGCUUGCGAGUCGACGAGGACGAACCAAUGGAUUUGCUCUCAGGAGCGGCGACCAGAUUAACGAGUGGCAAGGCGGGUAACCGCAGGAAACCGGGCCAAGACGCCGCUCGAUACAAGACGGACCAUGAGACCGGCAAAAUGGUCAUCGACAACGAAGACUCUGAUUCGGACGCAGGCGCCGCUCCAGGACCAGCGAAGGAGGACGUCGUCGGCACGGCGUACCGGGAGAGUUUGACUUCUGUCGAUGGUUUCACUCGUGGGCCGAAUGGGCGCGUCAAAUUCAAUAAAGACACGAAGAAGCGGCGGCGGGAGGCCGAGGACGUGGAGAUGGCUGAUCCGGACGAGGUGAUGGAAGCGGCAACGGGAAAGAGGGCCAAGAAGAAGUCUGAGCCGAAGCUCGGGCAGGAAUUCAAGGCUAAGAGGGCGGGUGGAGACGUGAAGAAGAACGGCGUGGAUCCUUAUGCGUAUCUCACGCUCAAACAAGCUGCGAAGAGGAAGGGCGGGAAAAGUGGACGUAUUGGCAUUGCCAGUAAAAAGUAG